GUGCAGGCCUGGUUCGCCACUUCUGCGCUGCGGGCACUGGCAGUGCGCGUUGUGCAAGUCGCCACUCUGGCCGGCCGCGCGGCGCGUGCUAGCAGAGCAGCAGUGCUGUCCGCCAAUGCCGGCCCUUCUGGUUCUACAUCGUGUGCGCCGGCGGCCUCUUCAGCGGAAGCGCUGGCAGCUGGCCUGGACAGGCGCGACCCGCAGCAGGCAGGGGCUGAGUUCAUUGGCGUGGCUGCGGGGCAGGGCGCGCCGGGUCUGGGAUCGUCCCUGCGGCAGGUCGCGGCCAUCCAGGCGGUGGCGAGAGCACAGGCGUCCGGCAAGAACCCAUUGCACGCUUUGCGCACGAGGGCGGCAUGCCUCAAACUUGAGAGUCGCCAGCAUUCUCUGCGAACGACGGCGAGCGGGCUCAGAGCAUGGCACCAGUUCGCAGCUGCGGUCUUGCAUUAUCCCGAGUCCAGCAUAUUGCAGCCGAAAUCGCCCACAGACAUGGAGGCUUUCAUUUUUAUAAUAUUUAAUUUUGGCAUUGCUUCGAAUUGCGUAUCUUCUGUCAAAUGGGCCUGCCUGCAGUUAAGACUUGAUACUUCGAGGUUCGAUGGCGCAAUUGUGCAAUUGCUCAGAGGUGGCAAGAAGCGGGACCUGCGAGCAAUUGGUGUCACGAUCAAGAUCCAGACGCUCCUCAACGCGAAGUUGGUCACGCAGCUCGUGGCCCUGGCUGGCCGCUCGCGCCAAUUUGUCUUCGCCACCCUCCUCCUCUUCAGUUGGGAGUUUCUGGCCAUGGUGUCCAGCGAAGCUGUGCCGGCCGAGUGGGGCGACGCGAGGGAAGCCAUGGUGGACGCGGUGGAGGCUCUGAGGCAGGCCGUGGACGCCAGCGACACCGAGACGGAGUCGUGA